GUCUCCCAGAGAAAACGACAGCCUCGUCGCUUAGCUCCGGAUAGACCACGAAGUGAUCGCGACCAGCGAGGUUGGUGGAAGCCCAGGAAGCCAGCCCACAGCCUACAGGCAAAGAGCCAAACAGUCAGCCAACUGACGGAUACGUACAACUGACAGAUGGUUUAUCUGGCCAAUAGAGUUAAUUGAUAUAAUUUGAAUUCCGAAAGAAACUCCGAAAAAGCGCGCGAGUGCUGUAAAAGCAAUUACGACUGUGACUGCACUCCGUCCAGAGACAAUGGACAAUGAAAAAUUGCCUUUGACGUGAACGUGAAAAGUCGUGUAGCAGAUUUAGAAAGCAAAUCGAAUUGUUAAAUCUACGAGUAUAAAUAAAUGCGCAGUUUUCGUAUGUCAAGUGCCGAAAAAGUGAAUGAACAAGACACACGGCUGUGUGAAAAUUUGUUGAUUAAAAACCUCAACCCGCAAAAAUUGUUGUUCUUGUAGCAGAUGCUUCGAAAUUUCACCGUGUGGCUAGCUCAGUUCAAGCUGAGCGAUAAGGAUUUUAAAAACAAAACAAUAAUUGUUUUACGUCGCGCAAUUCAAAAUAAUUUGCUACGAAAUAAUAGGAAUUAACUGUGGAUUAUUCGCAUAAUACUAACUCCGAACUCAAUUACAUAGCAGUAUUUUCUUACGUUGGAUUUCCAACUGAACCCCGUAAUAUAAAAGGACAAUUCCUUGGAAAAUCUAGAAAACUCCGAAUUUGCUCCAAAACCCGCGCCUAAUACAUAAUAAAAAGCCAACUCCGAAUUUACUCUGAAACACUAAUCAAUCAACAUGCGCACAUUCAAGCGCGGCUUCUUCUGCUCGGAUCUAUCCCUACGUUACCCGUACCACGAGUGCACCAUCACGGUGCCCAUGCUGCUGGUAAUGAUGCUGCUGCUACCCAUGCUUUUCAUCUGCGUCGUGGAGAUAAUGCGGAGCUGUCGGCAUUUGCGCAUGCGGCAAUAUUUGCGGAAUCUGUGGCGCGCGCAGGCAACGUUCAGCUUUGGCUUCAUCGCCACCUUCUUGACCACGGAGCUGGCCAAGCACGUGGUGGGUCGACUACGUCCGCAUUUUUACAAUGCCUGCCAGCCGCGGCUGCCCGAUGGCACCGGCUGUGCGGACGCCCAAAAUGCGGAAAUCUACAUGCAGCAGUUUUACUGCAGCAAUCGCAAUCUCUCCGCACAGCAAAUACGCGAGCUGCACGUGAGCUUUCCCAGCGCGCACAGCAGCCUUAGUUUCUACUCCAUGUGCCUGCUGGCGUUCUACGUGCACAGCGUGUGGCAGGGGCGUGGCAGCAUGCGCGUCAUGCGGCACAUUCUCCAGUUCCUGCUGCUCAUGGCCGCCUGGUACAUCUCGCUGAGCCGCGUCGCCGACUACUGGCACCACUGGUCCGACGUGCUGGCGGGCGCUUUUCUGGGCGUUGUCUAUGCCACAAUCACGGCUAUUUAUGUGGGCGAUCUGUUGCAUGCGCGGCCCCACGCGGCCAGCCCGGUUGCGCUGGGCUACAUGUGCGCGCCUACCAGCUGCAGCGGUUGCCACCAUCGCCACCAUCAUCUACACCAUCAGCUUCUGGCCGAGAAUAAUAAUUCGACGUCUUCAACAAAGGUGCAUUUUCUGGCUGCGGCUGCGGUUGCGACCUCCUCCAACACAACUGCACUGGACUGUGGACCCCACAAUGUUGACGAUCACGAUGACGACGAGGCCGACGACGUCGAUAGCUACAAGCCGCCUACAUCACGUGCCCCAACGCCACCGCCCGCUGGAACUGGGCCGCCAGAGCUGCCGCUUGCCGCAUGCUUGCCAAAUGUGGUCUAAGCCGACAGCCGGCAGAGACUUAUCUAUGGGAUGGGGCCGGUCCGCUGCUGACAAUGCAAUGCGGCAGCUACUUCGACUAUUUUUCCAUUAGAAAUCGACGCAAACGAAAUAUGUGAUAAGCGCGCCACGCACUGUUUACCUGAUAUGCACAUACUGCUUUAAGCUAAAUGAUUUACGAAAUCCAAGGCGACGGCGACGGAGACGGCGACAUUGUGCAAUGGCUAUACGUCCAUCUGGCAACGCUGCGGCCGCACAGUGGGACGUCCAGGCAAAAUUGUCCACGAUUGAAGAUUUGUUUCAAAAUUCAUGGCGUGUUAGCGAUUCAUUGUACACUCUGUAUUUAUUUGCACAGCGUUUUCCUAGAGUUUCGAUUUAGCCCGCAUUAUCGCAAUUUCGCAAUCGCACCCAUUGUACUUGCCGAGCCAGCGAUAUUAUGGUGUCGUUGCAAUUACCCCGUCUGGUAAAGGCGGCUACUUUUCGGCUGCAGCAUGUUUGUUUUGCAAACAAUGCCGCAGUCAUGUCGCAGCCGCCACUUUGAAGUGGGCAGAUGGCCAGCGGCAGCAUGUGGCAUGCGGCAUGAGGCAUGCAGCUUGCUUCCCAAUCAGCUGAUACAAUCUUCUGGCAGCGACGCUGACUGCCGCCGGCGUCGAAUAGUUUUGAAUGCUCUGCGAUAGUCGUACAGUUGAUAAGGCAUUAAAAAUAGUGUACAAAAAAUAGAAAUAAAUAAAUUAUAAACAAGAAAAAUGUGCUAGGCCACAUUUAAGAUUUAUAAGCCGCACGAUUUAUGAACAGAACUAUUUACAAUUAUUUGUUUUAUGUUAAUUAUGUUUAGCUUUUGUCAGAUUUUGUUUGCUUUAGUUGUCGAGUGUCCACUGUUUGUGCUUUAAAAUAAAUUAACCAAUUAUUGUUAAAUUGAUUUAUUAAAUU